AUGGCCCAGUCCCAUCAGGACCCAGCUCUCCCAAGUCCCAGUCCCAUCAGGACCCAGCUCUAUCAGGGUCCUGUCCCAUCAGGACCCAGCUCUAUCAGGGCCCAGUCCCAACAGGUCCCAGCUCUAUCAGGGCCCAGUCCCAUCAGGUCCCAGCUCUACCAGGGCCCAGUCCCAUCAGGACCCAGCUCUAUCAUGGCCCAGUCCCAUCAGGACCCAGCUCUAUCAGGGCCCAGUCCCAACAGGACCCAGCUCUACCAGGGCCCAGUCCCAUCACGACCCAGCUCUAUCAGGGCCCAGGCCCAUCAGGACCCAGCUCUAUCAGGGCCCAGUCCCAUCAGGACCCAGCUCUAUCAGGGCCCAGUCCCAUCAGGACCCAGCUCUAUCAGGGCCCAGUCCCAUCAGGACCCAGCUCUAUCAGGGCCCAGUCCCAACAGGACCCAGCUCUACCAGGGCCCAGUCCCAUCACGACCCAGCUCUAUCAGGGCCCAGGCCCAUCAGGACCCAGCUCUACCAGGGCCCAGUCCCAUCAGGGCCCCUACUUAUCACCCCAAGGGAUACCUUGCCCAGCACGUCGGGUAA